UUGGUUACAGUGAUAAGGCAUAGACGGCUGGACAUUUUGGUAGGUCUCUUUGAUCUCUUAUUAUGUGUUUUAGGAUAUUUUUUAUCACGAAAAACAAGAAAGAAAAUUCGUCGGGCAGGAAUCGGCUUCGGAUAUGCACAUGCAUCACAAAGCUUCCGACAGACAAGGACGGCACCGUUAAGACAACGUGACGGCAUCAGAUCAGAAGGACAGUUGCCCAAGUUUCACUUACAGCUGAUCAAAUGACACAGCUUGACAUCACAGCUUAUACGUUUACUGUUGGAAUCUCUCCCUACCCAGCUGCAACAUAUACGAACCACGCGAUACUUAAACUCAUUAAUGACCAACGCAUCAGAUCAGAAUGGUGUCCGAGUUUCACUUACAGUAGAUCAAAUGAUACAGCUUGCAUGUCACAGCUUGUACGUUAACGUCCCGGAGACAUUUAAUUUUACAUCUGUAUAGUGCUGUCAGGACGGUGAGCAAAAUGGCUGGCUGGUAUAAGUUUCCUGUUCAAAGAUCAAAGACUUUUGUGAAUGUUCUUGCUGCCACUAUGUUCCUUUUGAUAGUCAACAUGUGUGUGUUUUGGACAGAUUUCAACCAUGUUGUAAAAUAUGGGCACUACGGAGCAGCCACAGUUCCCAGCAAAAUUGACGAUCUGUUCAUCCGGAGGACAGAUCUGUCGUCACUUGCACACCGCCACAUGUACAGAUUCGUCUCCAGUUUAGAAGACAAGUGCAAAGGGAAGGAUGUCUUCCUUGUCGUUGUUGUGACAAGCGCGCCUGCCCAUGUUAAACGACGGAACGCCAUUCGUAAAACCUGGGGGAAUGAGACCAUGUUCCCGCAUGGCAACGUUAGGAUACUCUUUGCUCUGGUACACAGCGACAAUGCCCACUUGGAGACCUCCGUGCAGAGAGAGGUCCAGACACGCGGGGACAUCAUACAGGGGGAUUUUCGGGACUCCUACAGGAACAUGACCACAAAGACAGUCAUGAUUCUCAGAUGGGCUGUUACGUUUUGCAGCGGUGCUAAAUACGUUAUGAAAACCGAUGAUGACAUGUUUGUGAACAUUAAGACACUGGUGUCCCAUCUUCAGUCUUUAGAACUGGAAGUCAGAACGGAUCUGUUUAUGGGGGCUAUCCAAACGGGUGUCCGCCCUGUCAGAAGGCCACGUAAUGACAGGUAUUACGUCUCGAAGGAGGAUUUUAGCGAUGACGUAUACCCGGACUAUCUCAGCGGAACAGGUUACGUCAUGUCGAUGGGUGCAGUAAGAAGACUUUACGUCACGGCGUUGAUGACGUCAUCCAUGCCCAUGGAGGAUGUAUACAUGGGAAUCUGCGCAGAAAGGGCGGGCAUUGCACCACGGAGCCACAGUGGUUUUACAUUCCACCGGUUCGGCUUCACCGUGUGCACCCAUCGUCAGAUCGUGACUUCUCACCACUACAGCCCCACAGAACUGCUCACCAUGUGGGACGCUCUCCAGAGGAGUCCGGAGUGUGGCUGGGUACGGGGCCACUUCUCAACCAUCUACGCAAAGGCUGUCAACAGGCUUUCCAUGAUACUACCCUGUUUGUUCAUAGGCUGUGGUGCCAUGGAAGAAUAACGAGCUUAUAAAUAGAAACUAUGAAACGAAAUAGAAGUUGCAUGUUAAGUACACAUGCGUUUUAAGACAUGUCCAUGUUUGUGGUCAUAUAGGUCCUAAGAAAUAAAGUUCACACUUCUCAA